AUGCUCGGGGACUGGGGGCUCGCGUGCGGGAGCUUCAUUGGAAGGAAGGACCCCGUGAGGCCCCACGUCACUGAGGAGAAGGGGUCCAGAAGGGAGGCGGAACACGACCCUAGGAGGGGCCCCAGGCAAGGGGAGUGGCAAUGCUCUGGGAAGCCGGAGGACGCGGGUGAGGAAGACCGCGGGAUGCUCACGUAUGGGGCACUCGGGAGGUUGAACCCCACGGACUGGAAGGAUAGAAACCACAAGAUGCUCGGCGUCCUUGGGAGCGAGCGGCGUCGACCCUCUUCCUUUGUCACCAACAGGGAGCAAAGAGAGAGACGGCGCAGCAGAUCCAACAUCCAUCCAAGCACAAGCACAUGGGAUGCUGCGGCUGAACCACCUCGGGUCGAGAUCUUGUCGUCCCCCGGUGCGCCGGCGCCCUCGAAGGACGUGCUUCUCCGCCUCCCCCGCGCGCACCUCCACCUCAUCGAUCGCCAACGCAGCCUCCCGGUCGCCGCCGGCGACCUCUCCCUGCUCCGUAUCCGCGCCGGCGGCACCUCCCUCGCCGCCAUCGCGCGGCUCGGCCCCAUCCAGUGGCCGCUCGCCCGCGACGUCUCUGCCGUCAAGCUCGACCCGUGCCACUACUCCUUCGCCCUCACCGUCCCCACCUCCCCCAACGCCCCGGCCCCGCUCCACUACGGCCUCACGCUCUCCGACCCCGGCCCGCGCCUCGACGGCGUCCUCGCCACCUACAGAAGGUUCUUGACCCAUUCCGUUGUCGGCAGCGAGGGGCUCGCCGACAUCGUGCGCGGCGAGGUGGUGGGGGCCGCCUACUGGACGGCCGUGGCGCCGAACGUUGAGGAGUACGGUGGCUCCAUGGUGAAGGCGAUCGCGGUGGGUGCCGACAACCUGGCCAAGGGGGUACUCUCGUGCGUCGAGAUGACCGUGGAGAGGCUCCGGUGGGGAAACGAGGUGCUCAGGAAGAGGAUCCAGCCCGGUGGCGCCGAGGCCGAGAUCAGCCCAGAGAUGCUCAAACAGAUCAAAAUGUUUUGGGAACAUCACAGUUUGUAGUAGGCAGAUAAGAUUAGAUUACUACUCCAUCCAAUCCAAAAUUCAAUAAACUUAUGAUUGGCAAGGGUAAUCUGUGCAAAUUAGUCAAGUAAUCCUUGGGCUUAAUUACACGAUUUGGACAAGACAUAAUUUCAGACAAAUAUUACGGUUGCUGCCAGUCAGAAAGAAUCAGUACAUGUGGUUCCUGGCAGGGUUAAGAAGGUGACCAAAAUGUCCGAGGAAAUGGCUGCUGGAAUACUGUGUGGAGUCGUGAAGGUUACUGGUUAUUUUACAGGUUCAUUAGCUAACUCACAAGCUGGCAAGAAGUUCUUCAACCUAUUGCCUGGAGAGAUUGUUCUUGCCUCGCUUGAUGGGUUUGUAUGUCAUCGUUUUUCUUAAAAUAGAAUGUGACCCAUGUUAAUAUGUAUUUGCACGGCGUGAAUCAUGAAAAUGACGCCAAACUUAAGUAUAUCACGAAACAAGAUCAAUAUAUAUACCACGCGGACACACCACGCUUAUGUACCAUUUACCAGUGCAGACAUCGUGGUAGACAACUGUGCCAUUUUGUGCGCAGGAGGGGAGGCGGAGUAUGGUUACUACGAAAUAGACCCACUUAUAUUGCUAAAAAAGAAGAAGACUAAAACUUCCUUCUUAGUUGGGUACAUCUUUUGUGAGACACAGGGGCCUGGUUUUAUUACAAGAUUUCCAUGUUUAAGUACUCUAGCUGAUAUUUAGCUGGCGACUAUGGGUUAUUGUUGCCUUUGUUGGGGAAUCAGGAUUACAGCCCCUGUUUUCUACAUGUUACACCACUUAUGUUUCCGAUGAGCUUGUAUUCUUGUAAGUUUUGUAUUUCCAUAUGUGAAAAGAAAAUCCUCUCACCACACUGUAGCUUGAGUAGUAAUGAUGACCAUUGCUGGUGGACCGUGAGAAAAUGAGAACACAAGAUAAUUUUACACUGGUGCUUAUGGCCGCAGCGUAGAUCAGUCAUCCAUGAGAUAUGAAUUUGUUGAUGCUAUAUCUAGUCAUGUAAUUGUAGUGUCAAGACCUGAAUAGGUGUUGACCCAGAAGAUAGUAGCAUGUCCUCAUUGGGCAGUUAAUGUGGGUGUGAUUAAUUGGAAUGUUUGAUAUUUGAUAAUGGAAGUCAUUAAAAUUUUGUUGCGACCGAGUAAAUUUGCCAAGCUAUAUCCCCUGGACAGUCUUUGAGGUCAAUUCUUUUC